ACCCCGCGCCGACUUGCUUCGCAUGCGGUGUCCGCUGGUCCUCGACACCGCUGACGUCGCCACUAUCGCCAUCUGCGAAGGCUUGGUGGCGUCGUCGCCACGCUGCCCAGCGACGACAGCGCGGAGCUCAUGGCAUCGUCCUCUGCGCCUCUCGGACUCGAGUUGCUCGUUCCCGCCGGCGUCGCACAGCUCGGCAUCGUCCGCGCCCGCAGCGAGUACGGCCUGACCGACGCCGACCUCCAAGGGCUGCCCCGCUCAGCGCAUCCCGGCGCUGGCGUCGUGUUCUCCGUCAAGGAUCUCGCUCGCGUCGCCAUCCUCAAGGGGUACCGCGAUCGCGGGCAGCGGGUCGUGCGUAUCACCAGGCCCGACGUCUCGCGGGCCGAGACGCUCUUCCUUCCCGUCGGCAUCAUGACCACGGUCGGCGAGGUAAAAGCCGUGAUGCCGGGACGCGCAGACCUCCUCGGGCGCCGGCCCGAGCUCUGGCUCCGGCCUGAGGAGCGGCGCGCUGGCGGGCCGAGCAGUGCGCCGCUGCACGGACCGGCACAGCGCUUGUGCGAGUUCAGGGCCGACGGUUCCGCGCAGACUCUCGUCGAGGCAGGCGUGCCCAACGAGGCGCUCCUCGAGCUGAGGCGCGCGACUGACCGCGAGGAGGCGGAGGUGGCGAGGCGCGCGGAGAAGGUCGCGGCGACGUCGCUGUGGGCGAUCGAGAUCGCGGCCGAGGAGGCGAAGAUGGCCCGCGAGGAGGAGAAGAAGCGGGCGCGGGCGCGGGAACAGAGGCGGGCGGAGAAAAAGGCUAGGCGGCAGCGACGGGAGCUGGAGAGGCUGCAGCAGGCGCGUGAGACUGAGAGGCAACAGCGGGAGCUCGCUCGAGCGAGCGAGCCCGAGCCCGGGCCGCAACGUGGGCAGAAACGCCGAGCACGUUCGCAGGGUUGGUGAGCCCGUUGCGCGGUGUGUGAUUGGUGUGGUUUGAGGUUUCGUGCGUGAGCGAGCAACCCGAGAGACGAGAGUCAGGAGCGCGCUUCGCCGCAAACGCUCGCGCACACGAUGCCAUUUUGUGUACGCAUGCAGAAAAAAGGAGCUCACAUCGCCACAGCCAGCCAACGCUCGAUAUGCUCCCACACUACCAGUGCCGAGUCCACGUAACAUGAGUUUCUGCUCCACACAUUCGCCUGUCUGCGUUGGCGAAGCAGCCGCGGCGGCGAGCGCGAGGCGCCCGCAGCGGUCGCACCACUGCCGGCCGUGCCUCGAUCGCCCUCCUCGCGCCUAACAUAGAUUGCGGCGACAGGAGAGUACUCGGCGCCGUUGUGCUGGAUGCGGCCGUGUGGAGCGGCCAUGGGCGUGCCACAACCAUUCGCGUGCAUGCCAUCAUAGCGGAGCCAGAUGAGCUCGCGCGGGUCAAGGACGUAGGCGAUGAAGUGACACUGGUCCAGAUAGUAGAGGACGGCGAUGAGUCGAAACGAAGCUGCCGCGGCCGAUCCAGUGCCAAAGCAGUGCUGCUGAGGGAGGCUGUGCUGCAAGGUGGCUGGCGCGCGCUCGGGGAGCUCGAGGGCAAUGAGCCGAGGGAAGGUGCCACUAUCGCUGUGUGCGGGGACGCCACUAUCACUGUUGCUCGCGGCUCCUCCAGCCGCUGCCAGGCCCGCCCCGACGUGUGUCGUACCGGUGGAUGGUCCAAUAAUGGUCGUCGUGCCUGCGCCUGCGGCUAUUGCAGCGGCAGCGGCGAUCGCAGCAGCAGGGCAGCUAGCUAGGAUCACCGGCGCCUCACCCGCCCGUGGAAGCUUUGUGGCCUUGUCCGGCCACGUUGUACGGAU